AUGCCUCCCGGUCGCACCAACGCGGGCGGAGCCGGGCGGCGUGCCGGUGGCCGCGUGUCCGACAAUUACGGUGGGCGCUUAUCGUCCGGCGACUCCGUGGCGAGCCUUUUAGCGUCGACGGUGACCAUAAAUCUCGCUGUAUCGGGUCCGGUGACGCCGCCCGCAGCGACGGCGAGACGAGUCCACGACUUCGACUACGCGUCCCCGGAAUCGUGUGUAACCGCGGAGACGGUCCGUCGAUCGCGUGUAGCGAAGUUCUCAGUUCCAUCUGUAUCCGUUCAGCCGCUGCGGCGC